UCGUCAGCCUUAAGAGGCAGGCAGCCAGGCUGCCACCAGAAUUUCCACUUUCCAACUGGACUCCAUUGCCAUUGCCAUUGCGGCCUUCACCUCAAACUCAAACUCAAACUCAACCACAACACCACACACGCCCACAAUUUCCUACUACUCACCUCUCUCUCUCUCUCUCUCUCUCUUUCUCUCUCUUGAUUUUCUUGUGGUGUUCUUCCAAUGGAUUGCUGGUCUUCUUCUCUUAAUGUCGACGACGAAUUCGAGAAGCUCAUGCUGCGCGUCAACCCGCCGAGGGUUACCGUUGAUAAUGAGUCCGACAGGAAAGCCACCCUAAUCAAGGUUGAUAGUGCAAACAAGCGAGGGAGCUUGCUAGAGGUGGUUCAGGUUCUCACUGACAUGAAUCUGAUGAUUAGACGGGCUUACAUUUCUUCAGAUGGGGGAUGGUUUAUGGACGUGUUUCAUGUCACUGAUCAACAUGGGAAUAAGCUCUCUGGAGAUGGUGUUGCUGAGCGUGUUCAACAGUCACUGGGACCAAAAGGGCGCAGCUUCCGCUCUUUGAAAAGGUCUGUUGGUGUCCAAGCUGCCAUGGAGCACACGACCAUUGAAUUGACUGGAAGAGACCGACCGGGUUUGCUUUCAGAGGUUUUUGCAGUUCUUGCUGAUCUGAAAUGUAACGUGGUAGCUGCAGAAGUCUGGACCCACAAUUCAAGAAUGGCUUCAGUUGUUUAUAUCACAGAUGAAAUGAGUGGACUACCUAUUGAUGAUCCUGAUCGACUAGCCAAGAUCAAACGACUUCUCCUUUAUGUACUGAAAGGGGAUAGAGAUAGGCGCGGUGCAAACACUGCUGUCUCUGUGGGGUCCACUCAUACUGGAAGAAGGUUGCAUCAAAUGAUGUACGCCGAUCGCGAUUAUGAUACCGAUUAUUUGAGUGGAUCCACGAGCGACCGUAGCACUCCCAUGGUGACUGUUGAGAAUUGUGAAGACAAAGGAUACACUGUUGUGAACUUGCGGUGUCCAGAUCGACCCAAGCUAAUCUUUGAUACAGUGUUUACAUUAACAGAUAUGCAGUAUGUUGUAUUCCAUGGAACUAUCAUUGCUGAAGGACUGGAGGCUUAUCAGGAGUACUACAUCCGGCAUAUGGAUGGAUGCCCAAUUAGUUCUGAACCAGAGAGGGAACGGGUAAUUAACUGUUUGGAGGCGGCCAUUAAGAGGCGGACAUCUGAGGGCAUAAGACUGGAACUCUGCGGUGAAGACAGAGUCGGCCUUCUAUCCGAUGUAACUCGCAUAUUUAGAGAAAACGGUUUGUCGGUCGCUCGGGCAGAGGUCACAACCAGGGAGUCCCAAGCUGUGAACGUUUUCUAUGUGACCGAUGCUUCUGGAAGCGCUGUUAAGACUGAAACCAUCGAGGCUGUUCGAAAAGAGAUAGGCCUGACCGUGCUUCAUGUCAAGGACGACGACACUUACUCAAAUUCACCACCGCAGCAGACCGGGAGAUUCUCUUUGGGUAAUCUCUUUCGAUCGAGAUCAGAGAAGUUUCUCUACAACCUGGGCCUGAUAAAGUCUUGUUCUUAGACCAACAACUAGCUUCUAUCUCUGCCAACAUACCUGUGAAUACUAGUUUUACCUGGUGCCUGGUGGUGGGAUAAACUGCAGUCUUUAGGAAGACGUCCAGUUUUAGCUCAAUUCGGUUGCGUAGGGUUGGGGUUUGAUUUGAUAUCAAAAGCACGUAAAGUUUCAUCAUCCCAAAGUGUAAAUUUCACCUGUUGCUUCCCUCUGAAUUGAUAGAAAAACUUGUACA